CCCACAACAUCCACACCAGUAAAAGAAAACACGCCAAAUUCUGGGUUAAAUACUCGUCUCGAAAUUCCUGCCUCGCCCGUAGUUUUUCAGCAAAAAAAGGGAGAAGUCGAUGUGACUGUAAAGAUAAACUGGCCGUCCAAAACUGCUGAGCGAAAACUCCCCUCUGAACUUGAGUCACUUGGCAAGAUGCUGUUAAGGGGUACAUACAAACAAAUAGCUAAUGCGGCGUGGAAAAGCUCUGAUCUAAAAAGAGAACUUAAGCAACUAAUGGUGAAAGAAAUUGAAAAUGAGGUGACUAAACUUUGUUCAAAGAAAACCCCAUCCUGUCUCAGAGCAACAGACAAGCAAAGCAUGCUGUCAUUUUCCAUGGAAAAUCUGUCAAAUGAGAUAAAAGACAGAGCACCACUUUUUCAUUCUGUUCUUGCAGCAGCAAGUAUUAACAAGAGAAGUAAAUCAACCAAAGAUAAACCAGAUUUUGCAGCUGUAGCAAUGGCAGCUUCGAUAUGUUUAAAGAACAGGUCAAGAUAUAUGACUGCCGUUCAGCUUUUGUUGACCAUAUUUCUUUAUCAUUCUAACUGGAUGAAUACACUUGCCCGGCUAUGUCCACUGAAAAUCACAACCAGUCAUACUUAUGUAUAUAAGAAGUUGGACGAGUUUGGAAAAGAUUACAACAAGGACAUCUUACAUUCGGUGAAAGAACAAGGGGAGUUUAUGGAACAACGAGCAGCCCAAAUAAACCCAGAUGCACAUGGUCAACAGAAUAACAGGUGUUUUACUCAAGAUGUUGGAAGAAAACUUGUGUUUGACAACAUUGACUAUCACCAAGAGGUUCACCGUAUGACAGAGGACCACCAAAAUGUAGACAAGCACUGUGUAACAGUAAUGGCAAUUGAAAACCGUGUUUCAGGGAAUCACCUUGGUGAAGAGCAGCCUAAGGAUGGGAUUCUUAAACUUCAGAAUGGUAAAUGUCUCCCAUCUUGUCGUGAUAAUCAAAAGCAACGUGAUAACUAUAUUGCUCUGGUGGGACGUGUUAUUUCUACCAAUAUAAAAAGUUUGGAAUUCUUAUCAGAUGCUGCUGUUCAUCAUAUUCCCCAUAUGUACACAAAAGAAAUGUGUAUGAAAUCAGAUUUGACAUUUCUUGGUAUGUUGCAUGAUAAUGAAAAUGACUCAGACGGAAUACUAGCUAUCCUGAAGUCUCUUCAAAAGUAUGUUCCAUGUUAUGGUGAAGACAAAGAUAAGCAAUAUGCUGGACAAGGGGUCGUUGGUGACCAAUUAAGUGUUGAGCGUGGGGUGAAUGGGCUUAGCUCAGUUGCAAAUGGAUUUACGCCAGAUGAAAGAAUUGAAGGCUUGCACUUUGAGAUUGCAGAUUGGCAUGCUGGGAACAAAUUUUUGGAGGUGGCUUUCUCUCAACUAUACAAUGUUGCAUCAGCUGGCGAUAAGUGUACCAUGUUUAGCGACAGAAACCUGGUGAAUAGGCGAAAUGUAAAGCAAGAUGUGACUGCAGCAGCCAAUGCUUGUAGAAGAUUUUUUGUCAUUGAAGUGGAAGCUCGAAUCAUUGCUGCAGCUAUGCAUCUUUUAGGAAUGCAGAAGAUUGAUGAAGAGCCAAGCAAACACAAGUUUUCAACAACUGCAAGUGCAAGUUUACAAGAGAGAAAAUCCUACUUGAAUAACAUUUCAUCACUUGUCAUUGAUGAAUUUGUUAUUGUCAAAGGCGUAACAGUGAUGUUGAAGAGUCAGUUAAUUCAAUCCAAGAAGAUCUACAAACAGAUAUCCAUGGCAGGUUCCCUUGCCGGGCUCCUGGCUGUACAAAAACAUUUGCUCAUGCUGGAAAGUUAA